GGAAUGCCACGACAGACACAAAAACCAAAGAAGCAAACCAAAGCAAGCAAACCAAGCAAACAAGAAGCUUCAUCCCAGUUUUGUUGCUGAACACGCUCGACCAAUUCCCCCAACACAGCCAUGUGUGGCAUCUUCGCUUACCUCAACCACAAUGUUGAGCGCGACCGCAAGUUCAUCGUGGACACGCUCAUCAAGGGCCUGAAGCGCCUGGAGUACCGCGGCUACGACUCCGCCGGUAUUGCCAUUGAUGGUGACGACAAGCAGGCUGAGGAUGUCAACAACAUCACCAUCAUCCGCAGCCGUGGCAAGGUCCAGACCCUGGAAGACAAGGCACACCAAGCGAUGGUUGCGACGCGCCUUGGGUCCCCGCUGCUUGUUGGCAUCCGCACGGACGACGCUGCCGACGCCCCCGACGCCAUCCCCAUCCUCCUCUCGGACCCGAAGAAGAGCAAGGAGCCCGUCACGUCCGACCGCUUCAUGCGCCGCACCAAGUCCUGGGAGCACCUGGACACGCACGAGCCUGUCGAGUACUUUCUCGCCUCGGACGCCAGCGCGGUGGUCGAGCACACCCGCCGCGUCAUCUUCCUCGAGGACAACGACGUUGUCAACAUUUCCGGCGGCCACCUGUCGCUGCACCACCUCAAGACAGCCGGCACCAACCCAAGCAACAUGGCCCGCUCCCGCAACGUCCAGACGCUUGACAUGAAGAUCCAGCAGAUUAUGAAGGGGGCCUUUUCCCACUUUAUGCAGAAGGAGAUCUUUGAGCAGCCUGAGUCGGUUGUCAACACGAUGCGCGGCCGCGUGCGCUUUGAGGACAAGAUGGUGAAGCUCGGCGGUCUCGUUGAUCACAUUGGCGACAUCAAGCGCUGCCGCCGUCUCCUCUUCGUCGCCUGCGGCACCAGCUACAACUCUGCCAUCGCCACCCGCCAGUUCAUCGAGGAGAUGACGGAGCUGCCUGUGAUUGUGGACAUUGCGAGCGAUUUCCUUGACCGCCGCUGCCCCAUCUUCCGUGACGACGUGUGCUUCUUCAUCAGCCAGUCUGGCGAGACGGCAGACACGCUCAAGGCCCUGCGCUAUUGCAAGUCAAAGGGCGCCCUCACCGUCGGUAUCACAAACACGGUUGGCUCGUCAAUUUCGCGUGAGACGUCGUGCGGCGUGCACAUCAACGCUGGCCCCGAGAUUGGCGUUGCCAGCACCAAGGCAUACACGUCGCAGAUUCUCACGCUGCUCAUGUUUGGCCUGAUGAUGGCGGAGGACAGCAAGCAGAAGGAGAGCCGGCGCCUGGCUGUGCUCAAGGACCUGUCCAGGCUCCCCGAGCUGAUCCAGAAGACGCUGGACCUCAGUGAGAGCAUCAAGGAGAUGGUGCAGAAGUACAUGACGAGCAAGAACAUGCUGCUGCUCGGCCGCGGCUACGCCUUUGCCAACUGCCUCGAGGGCGCACUCAAGAUCAAGGAGCUGACGUACAUGCACGCGGAGGGCAUUCUCGCUGGCGAGCUCAAGCACGGACCACUUGCCCUCAUCGACAACACCAUGCCCGUCGUCAUGGUGAUCAACGACGACGACUCUGUGACGAAGAGCCACAAUGCACUUGAGCAGGUUGUUGCGCGCGGCGGCCUUCCCCUGGUCAUCUGCCCAGACACGCUCGACAUCAAAGUGCAGAAGGGCACUGUGAAGCUGGACUUCCUGCACAUUCCGAAGACGGUGGACUGCCUCCAGUCUGUGAUCAGCGUGAUUCCGCUGCAGCUGCUCGCCUACCACCUGGCCACGCUCAAGGGCCACGAUGUGGACUGCCCUCGCAACCUCGCCAAGUCGGUCACCGUCGAGUGAGGCGCGCACCUCUUGUGCCGCACACACACACACACAAACACUCACUCACUCACUCACUCACUCACUCACUCACACACACACACACACACACACACACACACACACUCUCUCUCUCUCUCGCUGUGACUGUCUUGCGCCCCUUGCCUCCUUCUCUUUCACCCACCUACCACCGCUUUUCUUGUUUGCAUCCGCUAUAUGCUUGUGAGCGGUGCUGGUCUCGGUGCUAUUGUUGUCGGUGUGCAGUGGCCUAUUCUUGUCAGACCCUUUCCAAUUUGUUGUCGGGUCGGUGAAAAGUUGUGGCGUGUUGUCGUUGGUGGUGCGGUGAUAGCUUGCCAAAGAAGAGGGGGAGGGCGGCAUGUUUGUCGAUGGGAGUUGUGGCGGUGGGGGCGGCUUGCUUGUGAAGGAACAGCGUGUGAUUUGCGCUUGCUCUUACUAUUGUUGCAUGUGCAUGUGCAUGUGCAUGACAGCCGUUUGUGUCUGCCACUUUUGCUGCCAUCCUUCCUCCGUUCUUACGACGCCCUCAUGUCUUCUUCCACUUCUCUGUUGUUGUUUAUGGUGGUGAUCGACGAACGAAUGAACGCAAAGGUUGCACGUG